AUGAUGGCCUCGAAGCUGGUUCAAUUGCAAGGCAAGGCUACUCGAGCUUCAAAGGUUGCGGCUGAGUAUGGGUCUUCCUAUUACAAGCAGCUUUUGGAGAAGAACAGGCAUUACAUUCAGGAGGCACCCACUGUUGAAAGAUGCAACCUUUUGUCCAAACAGUUGUUUUAUACCCGUCUUGCAAGUAUAUCAGGGCGCUAUGAAUCGUUGCGGAAGGAGGUUGAUUCUGUCAAACAACUGUGGAAGAACAGGCAGGAGCUGAGGGUGGAAGAUGCUGGGAUUGCUGUCCUGUUUGGCUUAGAAUCGUUUGCCUGGUUUUGUGGUGGUGAGAUUGUAGGUCGGGGAUUUAAAUUCACUGGUUACCAUGUCUAG